CAAUCCAACCCCCACCAUGCUGGCCUGAAGACUGAAGGAGGAGGAGGUGGCCCCUAAAAUGACUGAGAUUGAAUUUCCCACCAGCUCAAUGUGUUGGGGACUCAGAGAUGCUGGCAACACCUGCUACAUCCAGGAGUCCUGGGUUCGCCUCUGAAUACCCUACAGGUUAUCACGAGGGUGACAGUACUGUCUCACGUGUACAGAUGGCUGGAACGUGACUGUUACAUAAGGAAGCAGAAUGUGCCUACACACUCUUUGUCAUUGCCAUGUUUUGGCUUACAGAAGCUUUGCCUCUGUCAGUCACAGCUUUACUGCCUGGUUUAAUGUUUCCGUUGUUUGGGAUCAUGACUUCUAAGAAGGUGGCAUCUGCUUAUUUCAAAGAUUUUCAUCUACUGCUAAUUGGAGUCAUCUGUUUAGCAACAUCAAUAGAAAAAUGGAAUUUGCACAAAAGGAUUGCUCUGAGAAUGGUGAUGACGGUGGGUGUGAACCCAGCAUGGCUGACAUUGGGGUUCAUGAGCAGUACUGCCUUUUUAUCGAUGUGGCUUAGCAACACCUCCACAGCUGCCAUGGUGAUGCCCAUCGUGGAGGCCGUGGCACAGCAGAUCAUCAGCGCUGAGGCAGAGGUCGAGGCCACUCAGAUGACUCAUUUCAGUGGAUCAAUCAACCAUGGACUGGAAACUGAUGAAGGUGUUGAAACAAAUGAGAGGAAAGAGAAAACAAUACCAGUUCCAGGAUACAGUAAUGAUGCAGGAAAAAUUUCAAGCAAGACAGAGCUGGAAAAGAACUCAGGCACAGGAACCAAGUAUCGAACAGAGAGGGACCACAUGAUGUGUAAACUUAUGUGCUUGUGUAUUGCUUACUCUUCUACCAUUGGUGGACUGACAACCAUCACCGGCACUUCUACCAACUUGAUCUUCGCUGAGCAUUUCAAUAUGCGCUACCCUGACUGUCACUGCAUUAACUUUGGAUCAUGGUUUAUGCUUUCCUUCCCGGCUGCUAUUAUUAUUCUGUUAUUGUCCUGGAUCUGGCUUCAGUGGCUUUUCCUAGGAUUCAAUUUUAAGGAGAUGUUCACAUGUGGCAAGACCAAAACAGCCAAACAAAAAGCCUGUGCUGAGGUGAUUAAACAAGAAUACCAAAAACUUGGGCCAAUGAGGUAUCAGGAAAUUGUGACCUUGGUCCUCUUUGCUGUAAUGGCUCUGCUGUGGUUUAGCCGAGAUCCUGGGUUUAUCUCUGGUUGGUCUGCGCUUUUUCCCAAGUACCCCGGUUUUGCUACAGAUUCAACUGUUGCCUUACUUAUAGGAAUUCUAUUCUUUCUUAUCCCAGCUAAGAGAUUGACUAAAACUACACCUACAGGAGAAAUUGUUGCUUUUGAUUAUUCUCCACUGAUUACUUGGAAAGAAUUCCAGUCAUUCAUGCCCUGGGAUAUAGCCAUUCUUGUUGGUGGAGGGUUUGCCUUGGCAGAUGGCUGUGAGGAGUCAGGACUAUCUAAGUGGAUAGGAAAUAAAUUAUCUCCUCUAGGUUCAUUACCAGUAUGGCUAAUCAUUCUGAUAUCUUCUUUGCUCGUCACAUCUUUAACAGAGGUAGCCAGCAAUCCAGCUACCAUUACCCUCCUUCUCCCUAUAUUAUCUCCACUGGCUGAAGCCAUUCAAGUGAACCCUCUUUAUAUUUUGAUACCUUCUACUCUGUGUACUUCAUUUGCAUUCCUCCUACCAGUAGCAAAUCCGCCCAAUGCUAUUGUUUUUUCGUAUGGCCAUCUAAAAGUUAUUGACAUGGUUAAAGCUGGACUUGGCGUUAAUAUUGUGGGUGUUGCUGUGGUGAUGCUGGGCAUGUCCACGUGGAUUGGGGCUAUGUUUGACCUCUCUACUUACCCUUCUUGGGCUCCUCCAAUUAGUAAUGAGACCAUGCCAUGACAAGC